UUGAUAAUUUUAACAAAUUCAACCUAACAUAGAACCAAAAAUUAGACUUACCCUUUUUGUUUUUAUUUUUAUUUUAUUUCUUUAUUUUAUAAUAUCAUUCACUCUUCAUCUUCUGUUAUUCCCAACCGCUCCUUCUCUUUCUCUCUAAGAAGACGAUAUGAUGUUACUCGGGAAGCGUCCACGAGGCCAAAUGAAGAGAACGGCCAGUGUAUCAGGCAUCACCGUAGAUCUCAGCCACGUCGAGGGUCAACAGCCGUCUGAAGAUCAGAAUCCGACCACCGGAGAUAUUCCUAAAGUCAUCUGCAGCACCCAAACUUUGGAUAGUGAUGUAAUGAAUUAUACGUUAUCUUUUGUGUCACCAAGAGGCCGCAAAAAUCUCUCCCCCGCCGCCAGCUUUAACAAAGACUCUGACCACCGUUCUUCCGAUCACUUUCUCCGUAGUUGCACCUUCUGUCGCCGCCGUCUAUCUCCCGGCCGUGACAUUUAUAUGUACAUGGGAGAUACAGCUUUUUGUAGUGCCGAGUGCAGAGAGCAGAAGAUGGAACAAGAUUGGAGAAAAGAGAAGGGAACCACCACCGUCCAUCGGCCGGCGUGAAGAAACAUCAGAUUAUGGCACACCCACCUGUGUAAUUUAGAUAGGUUUUAAUUUGAAGUGUGCAUGUGAAGAAGAAGAAGGUAUGAUUGAUUAUGAAAAUGAUUCAUCAGCUUGGUUAAAUUAAAGCUAACACGUUUUUUGUUUGACAAUAUAUGAGCUUUAAUGUGUUUUUUUUAGAUUUUUUGUUUCUUUGGUUUCACUUGUAACAAUAUAUCAUAGUCUUACAUAAUUAAGUUUAAUCCCAUCCAUAUUUUUAUUUAA